CAGAAGGAACAGGGGCAGCUCUUCCUCUCUUCAUUAGAGCACUAGCUAUGGAGAUGGAACACAUUUACACUGGGCCGCAGACACCAGACCAGGAUAUCCACUCUGACGUCUCACCAGGGUUGAAACAGCCUGGAAGACACACAGACCAGGCAAGCACCAUGGCUUCACAUGUAACAACAGCUGGAGGGUUUGCUAUUGUUACUCACGCUUACCCCCUGAGCAGUGCUGGCCAGGCUGCACCAGGAACAGUGGCAAGCCAGCUGCCAGGGCCGAUGCAGACAUUUCUACGAGGACAGCCCAAAGCUUUGGGGGUCGUGCAAAUAAUAAUUGGGAUUGUGAGUCUGCUGUUUGGUCCUGUCCUGGUGAAUGCGUACACGUUUGCAGGAAUCAUUGGAUUACCUUUCUGGACUGGUGUAUGGUAUAUUAUCUCUGGAUCCCUGGCUGUUGCAGCUGAGAAUACCCACAGAAGAGGUCUGGUGAAGGCAUGUUUAGGGAUGAACGUUGUCAGUUCUGUUUUUGCUGGAGUUGGAUCCAUUCUCUAUUCAAUGAGAGUGUCCGUAGUAUCUUUCCACAUGGAUUACUUGAACAGACCUCCAGAUUAUUAUGACCAGUUAUCUAACCACAUGGAUUACUUGAACAGAUCUGCAGAGUAUGAGUACCUCCGUAGAUACUCUCUAACCAUACAUGUAGGCAUUCUGGCAGUUCUUCUGGUGCUGAACAUUUUGGAGAUGUGCAUCGCUAUCGCUACAUCAGCCUUUGGAUGCAAAUCUGAAUGCAGUUACACUGCCAUGCCGGAGGUUGCUUUUCAACAGGCAUGAAUCCAGUGACCUGGGUGCAGAUUUGCUCAAUUUAACUAUAAGAAGCAUGCAGUCAAGAAGACAACUGUCCCUCUGCCUCCUCUAGCAAAGCUUAGCCAGCGCUAAAGACUUCAUCUCUGCAAGGUGUUAUUAUCAGAACAAGUUAAACAACAAUGAAAUCCUCCCAUGUGUAAACUGUCGGGGAAUUUGUAUUGAUAUGAAAAUGAAAACGUGGUAAUUUGCUUUGGAUCAUUUGUUUGUUUUUGCUUAUAAUUUUAAUAAGAUCAUUUGUAUUUUGAAGUGUAAGUUAAAAGUUGUUCAGUUAUGAUAUUGUUUUUAUAUUUUAAUAUGUUUUCAUAACAAUAAUGAAAAAGAAGCAUGGUAUACAGAAGUGAUACAUUGAGCUAUCUUUUGGUGUUUUAUGAUAUAUUGCUUUGCUUAA